AUGGGCAGUGGUGCCUCGUCACUCAACGAAUUCGAAGUCGAGAAGUUGGCUCUCGAGAGUGGAUUAUCUCGUUCGGGGAUCCUCACUUUGUAUAAGCGAUUCACCGCUUUGGCAAAGCAUCGAGAUCGCACCACCAAUGAAUAUUUCAUGACUGAGCAAGACUUUCUCGACAUUCAGGAACUGCAAUUGAACCCUCUGGGGCGCCGAAUCAUUGACGCCUUUUUCGCUGACGCUGAAGUUCAAUCAACGCGACGAGUCUAUUUCCGGGAUUUUGUGAAGGUGUUAUCUCAUUUUCGACCAAUCAACAAAAACAAGCCGCAUCCAUGGAACAGUCGUGAGGCAAAGCUGCGAUUUGCAUUCACGAUGUACGAUCUCAACAAAAGUGGAACGAUUACAAAAGAUGAGUUCAGAGAUAUUCUUCAGAUGAUGAUUGGCGCAAAUGUGCCGAUGGAACAAGUGAACUCGAUUGCUGAUCGAACGAUGCGAGAAGCUGACCGAGACGGUGAUGGAUGCAUCACUUUCAAUGAGUUUUGCAAUGCAAUGGAGAAAACGGAUAUCGAGCAAAAGAUGAGCUUCCGCUUUUUGACA